AUGGUUGUAAACUUAGAAGAUUCCUUGGCAGGGGCUCAAAAUGCAUUGGAAUUGUCAGAUGUGAAAAAGAAAGAAGUGCACACAUUCAUUGUGAGCCGACCACACAGUACAGUCUCUCGAAGGUCUACAAGUACUCAACAGCACUCCUCAGUGACGCCGGAAAACGAGAAGCUACUUCCUCCUUUAAAAAAUGUUUCGCUGAUUAUAUUGAAUAAUUUUCUGUCAUGUGCAUCCUUUACUGUUGUCAUUCCCAUUUCCGCCGAGUAUUCACGUCAUUUGGGUGGUACUUCAUCUUUUUCUGGUAUUAUUAUUGGUAUGCCAACAAUUGUGGCCCUUGCUCUGCUUUAUCCAAUGUUGAGAUUUUCAAUUGCCAAAAACGGGCGCAUGAUUUAUAAGCGGCCUAUUCUUAUAUGCGCUGUUGGAAACAUCCUUGGUCAUGUUUUAUACUCUUUAGCUGACUAUGUAAAUUGGCUGUACCUUAUUCUUGUCAGCCGCCUGUUCUUCGGGGUUGCAUGUACGAUGUUUUUGUACCACAAACGGUACGUGACCGACAAAACACUCGUGAGUCCGCGAUAUCGUACGCCCUUGGCAACUUGUAAUACACUGGCUCAAACUCUGGGAAUGGCGGUCGGCCCAUUUCUCGGAGGUUUAAUGAGCAAAGCUGCUUCACAUUCUAACAACCGUGUAUGGGAUAAGUUCACUUCUGGAAAUUGGAUCAUGGCUAUAGUUUGGACUAUUUACUUUAUCAGUUCGAUCUUCUUAUUCAGGGACGAUUUGGAAACGAUCCCUUCUGAUCCUGUUGUCGAAGGAUCCAUUAUUUCAGAUUCUGAUCAAACCUCUCAACGAUUAACAAAAAGCGGUUAUGUUAUGAUGUUUGUAGUCAGCUGGAUUACAUUUGUGUCUAUUUUCACUCUGGAAGUGUAUGUCGCAAGUAUUCCUGUGUAUACGAAUGAACUUUAUAAUUAUUCCACUUUUCAGGCUGGAAACUUCCUUGCUCUUGGUUUUCUUAUUAUUUCACCUCUUGUUUUGCUCAUGACGUUUCUUUCCCGCUAUUUCCAAGAUCGUAUAAUUUCCAUCGUCGGCCUACUAAUUCUUCUCUUUGGCCUCAUUCUUCAUUUCAUCAUUCAUCAGUGCAAAUGCGAAUAUCUCCAGCCUUACUUUGUUGUGUGUCUAAUUAUUUUAUUUAGUGGCAGUAUUGUUAGCUCGCCAUCUGUAUCUGUUCUUACGAAGCAACUUCCUCCUAGGUACCAUGUCAAGGGAAAUGUUGCUGUACAAAUUGCAAUUUCCUUUUCUGAUACAUUAGGUGCAUUUUUUGGAGGUGCCAUAUCCGCGGUAAAAUUCUUACCAACCUUCCUUGUUUGCACUUUCGCCAAUGCUUUGGGGGUGUUCUUCCUUUUGUGCAUAUGGAGUUCUAUAAAACAAAAAGUAACUUAA